UCUUGAUUUUUGUUAUUUUUUUGUUCAAUUAUAAUGAUAAAAUGGGUAUUAUUGGGUGAAUUCUCAAGCUACAAACACUUUUUUUUUUAGUUAGGGGAUUGAGCUAAUCAAUUUUCACCAUUGUUGAGUUGGUAAAGAAGAAGCUUUAGGCUAUGAAUUGGUUGAGAAGUAUGGAAUUUAUUAUGAGUAUGAGUUGUAGAAUCAAAUUGUUAGCCUAAAUGGGUUUAUUUUGGGACUUGUAUGGAUAUGUAUAUAUAUAAUAUAAUGAUAAUAAAGUCCAGAUUGGUAUUUGUAGAUUAUGUGUUGUUGAAUACUUUGGAGAACUGGGAGAAGUAGUUUUGAGCUAAAGCUUUGAGGUAAGUUAAGGCUUAGUUGGUAAAGGAGAAAUUUUUAGUAAAAUCUAUGCCCUCUAUGUGUUUGAUGAAAUUGCUAAAAGAAGAUUAUGACUUAACCGGUUUUACUCGAUACAAAAUUAGAAUAAGAGAAGUAUGUGAAUACAUGUAUUAUAUGUUGCCUUGUUUGACUAGUGUGUUGCUUGGCUCAACUUCCAUAAUUUAUUUAUGAUGACGAGUAUCACUACCUAUCAUACGCAGCUGUUAGAAAUAUUUAUGCUCGAGUCUUGUUCAGUGACUGGUGUGAUCACCUUCAGACUUAGAUGGGAGAGCCAGUCGAUCCCCUCUGCUUAUCUUCCUUUUUUUGUGAUGUGUCGUUAUCACAUUUUCCACAAGUUGGCAAUUACUUUACAAACACUGAGAAUAAAAAACAUAAGUUGACAGUAAAGUGGUAGCAAAUUGCUGCUGCUGACCUUUCUCCAAUUGAUACCUGACUAUUUCCCUGUAAGUGUUCUCAGGUGCCUAGAGUGAUAGGCUUUGGGAAAUUUCUGGCUAGGUCUUAGAUAUGAGCAUUAGUGCUUGCUAAUCAACCACUAAAUGUAGCAAUUUUACGGAUUAUAUGGUUGCUCGGGUAAGGAUGUAGAUUAAGUUUUGUUGACUCUAUCCUAUUGGGCAUAUGUUGUUUCUUCUCUUUGACGUUGUUGAGGGACGCCAUUUUAGCUUAAAUAUUAAACUUAGGGGGGGUGAAAAUGUCUCUCGGUCACAGUAGUGAAACUAGAUCUAUUGCUCUUAGAUCCAUGGACAUACUGAAGUCCAGACACUAACAAAUGCAAAUUAUAAGCAGAGAAAGAUUCCCUGCUAAGUGAAAAGAAAUGGGAUGUGUUCUGUUGACUAUGUGGUUGUAAACUGAGGUGGUCAGAUUGGAAUUCUACUGGCAAAAGAAGUUGACUCCUUGAUUGGGAGGCUAAUCCAUCAUUGGCUGCUGGCAACGUUGUAGGAGGAAGAAGAUCUAUGUGAACCUAUAAUCUUGUGUAAACCAGGGGCCGAUAGUCUCUACUUUUGCAUCUUUAGAGGAUCGAACUAGGUGCCAUUAGUUUUGUCACUGAAUGGCAGUAUUGACAGUUAACUCUCUAGGAUGAUGGAAGCAAAGGAGUUGCCACAGCAAUUCAUGCCACUCUAGUUUAUUCUAAGAGUUAAGGAAGUCAAGCUUUGAAAUGAUCAGGAAUCUAUAUUCUGCACAGCUCUGUUGAUCUCUUUCUGGAUCUAUUUUCCAUGAUUGUUGAGUCCUUCUCUAGAUCCAUUACUUCACAUGCAGAAAUUGUACUUACAAGAAAUUAAGUCUAGUAUUUUAAGAUGUACAGUUAAGACAGAACAUUUACUUCUGCAGGGCUAUAUGCAAGACAACUGUUUCUGAUGUCUGCCAUUAACCACUCCCAAUCUGAUUUGCAACAUCUAUGUUGCUUGGUGCUUCAUUUUUCUGUACCUUGCUUGCAUUUCAUCGGUGCAUUUUGAUAGUUUUCUGUUUAAGCAGGCCACAAGUGAAGGGGUUCCAUUGUAACUUAGAGAACGGGUUUGAUAAUCAUGCUUCUUUCAGUUUCUAAGCUUAUUGCCUCUCUCUUCCUCUCCUUUUCUUUGUUUUUGUGUGGGUGGGGGGGGGGGGGUAAUUCGGGAUUGUGGUUAGGAGCGAGUUGAGUAAUAGGUCAUAUUGAAGAAUGACAGAGAUAAAGUAAAAUUCAAGGUCCUGCAGCUCAAUAAGAGGAAUGAUCCCAAAUUGCAGAAGAAUAGACUUCUUUUUGUUAUAUUCUUUUGAACUUUGUUAAUGAAGUCUUUUGUAAGCACAUCUUGAUACUUGUCCAGGAGAAAAAUGAAAGAAAGGAACUGAAUUGUAUUCAAGAUCGAUCCACUCGUAAUUUUGUUUUUCUUCUUGGUGUGUAUUUGAAGUUAAGAUUUUCUUGAUAUAGGGAGCCAUGAUUUCAAGUAGCAACUUAUUUCAUAAAACCCACUAUGAGAUCCUAGGUGUGAAAGAAGAUGCAAAUUUGGAAGAAGUCCGUAAAGCCUAUCGUUCAGCCAUACUUUGUUUUCAUCCAGACAAGCAACAAAAUGCAUCAGAAACAUCCAGUUCUGAAUCUCUAACAGAGAACAAAUUUUUGGAUAUACAGAGAGCCUGGGAAACCAUUGGCAACCCCAGGUCACGUGCACUUUAUGACGCUGAAUUGCUAACUUUAAGACAGGAUGCAGCAAUAUCUGAAGAUGUCAGCUUAGAUGACCUUACAGUUCAAGAUUCUGGUGAUAUUAUAGAGCUUUCGUAUCCUUGUAGAUGUGGUGACUACUAUUUCAUCGAUUCGUUUGAAUUGGCACAAACAGGUUGUUCAAUAUCAAGAGACGGGGAAAUGGUAUCUUUGCUAACGUCUAAAUCGUUGCCAACAUCUGUUGUGCUUCCUUGUGGAUCUUGCUCUCUUAAAGUCCGCUUACUGAUCAAUGGUAAUUCUAGGCUUCCCAUAGAUGUUCACUUGUAAUUGUAACUGUGUUGGAGACACUAUUCUCUAUAAUAUUUUUGCUAAUUUGUUGGAAAUUGAAAUGACAAGACAAAAAAAAAAAAAAGAAGGAAAUACAAAAUUUGUUUUGUCUUUUUUUCCCCUUGGUUACUAUACUAUUUUAUUAGCUUUUACUCUUUAAACAACGCUUUUUAGCUCUCUUCAGAUUUUCACGCGUUACCCUCAACUCUUUUACUCCUCUGUAGGGGGAAGUUAUCAAAAGUGGCCAUUCUGGGAUGGAAAAGAAAAGGCCAUAUUGACUUUUAACCAAACCAACAUUUUUGCUCAAAGUCACUUUAUAGUCUUGUGUAUCAUCUUCAAGUCAAGAAAUAUAAAAAGGACCUGCUACUGCAAGUGGUCAUUAUUUGGUACAAUGUCAUCUUUUCUACCCUUAACUUAAGGCUAAAGUGAAAGCAAUUCACCACAAAUUUAGCAUCUUGCUCAUGAAUAAGAAACACCAAGUUUACUUGUAUGCAACAAGAAAUUCAGAAGUCCAUUGCUUUAGCUUCAGAAAAUACCUUACAGGUUCCUUUUGCUCAAGUCUUCACCUUAAAAAGAUUAAAAGCCUCAUAUUUUCAAGAUAGAAAAAGCCACUUUCAAGCAGAAGUUUCAAAUGGGAAAUCAGAAGAUCGAUGACUAACAUUGCGGAACUUUGAACCUGCAAACUCUCAUCAAGAAAUAUCAGUAACACUUCUAAAAAAACAUGGGCUUUUGUCUUAAUCAAGAGUCACCAAAUCAUUCUAAGAGAUUCAAAUUACUUGUGUCAACUGUCAAGGAUGCUUUUGCAAACUGCCAUUCUUUCAGGAAAAGAUCACAUUCAAGUCCAGAAGAAGAUGAUCCGAGUUGUGACUACGAUGAUGAAGUAUUUAUAUCAGCAGUGAUAAGUCAAUACAUGGAGUUGAAAUGCAGAAGAAAGACAGCCAUCACAACUGACAAGUUUACCUGGGCUUUCUCUCCGACAACAGGAGACUUAUUCAUCUCUGCAAGACUCAGACAAAAAGAGGAGGACAAUGAAGAUCAAGAAACAGAAGAAAGGGAAGAUUUUUACUCUGUUGCUAGUCGUCUUUCUCCCUGCUCCAGUGCUACAAGCUUUGAGGCAUUUGUCACAGCUAAGACGGUCUUUUCUCGAUCAUCAAGCUUAGACAGUAUUGACUUCCAAGAUCUCAGGAGGCAUUCUGUUAUUCAAGAAUUAUCUGACUGUGAAGGAUGGCCAUUUGGUCUAUACCGAAAAGCCUUGUUACUUCCACCUUUGCCAAAAUCACCAUCUGAUUCUUGGUCAUGGCGUAAGAGUGCUAGUAUGGUUAAGAUGCACUGACAGUUAGCAUUUCAAAGCAAUUACCUCUAUUCUGUGAAGCAAUUUUACAUUUUCCAUAGC